UACUUUGCUCGCUUCCUCUUUGAGGCUCCGCUUAUUACACAAAGUGCUAUUGGCGUGCUUCGUCGCUACUGCUGGGUAUCUUCUCAGGCUCCCUAUGGAUUUCAGGUGGCCAUGAAGGAGAAAUCAACACUUUUCACAACUCUACCAACGCGACAUGAAAGGGUAGACAAAUUUGAUUGUUCAGGAGUUUACUGUGUAUCAUGCGGCGCCUACGAUCAGAAAUAUAUUGGCGAAACAGGGAGAAAAAUCAGCACCCCGAUCAAAGAACAUCAGGGGCUCUGCAGGAAAAUGGAUACCGAAAGACCAGAACUGGCGGAACACACCGCACAGUCUGGACACGAGAUCAUUUGGAAUGCAACAGAGCCCCAUACGCUGCUUCAUCAUCUAAUCGAGCUGCGUCCAAUCGGUCAACGUUGCGAUCUUCUUUCGCUCCUUCUCAAUUUCACCUCUGUGGAGCCAGCCGAGAUACGAAACGCGGCUAUUGCGGCCACUAAGGAUUUGGCCGGGUUGGGUUUGCCCUGGAGACAGCGAGUUGAGAACUAUGCAACCGAUCAGCUCUAUCAUCUUCUGUUGCCACGUCCCCCUCUCGACCUCUUCGCAUUUCGAGCCACUAGUGCAACUAGCACAUUUUCUACCUCGGCUGGACCUGGUACCGGUGUCGGGUCUGCUGGAGCAGCCGCUGCUCGCCUGGCUGCCACCGUUGGAAAUGAAUGGACCGAAGGAGCCUGUCUUGCCUGUCUUUAUCUAUAUUUGGCCCUUAUACCGGAAAAUCCCGGACUACUUAAUACGUGA